AUGGAUCGCGGAUCAGUGUACGCAUUGAGCGUCUUUGGUUCUAACAAUGACCAGGGCGAAGACACCAAUAUCCAGAUCCAGACCCAGCUAGAGACGUUCAUUCUCGACUUCAGACUCGACAACAGCUUCAUCUACAGAGAUCAACUGCGCGAAAAUGCCCUGCUCAAGAAGUUCUACUGCGACGUCAACAUUGGCGACCUGAUCAAGUUCAAUGAAGAGCUUGCGCAUCGUCUGGUGACCGAGCCCUCCGAGAUCAUCCCCUUGUUCGAGAAUGCGCUCAAGAAAUGCACACACCGUAUCGUCUUCCCUCAUGAGCAGAAAGUCGAUCUCCCAGAGCACCAGCUCCUUCUUCACUCGAAUGCCGAAGAUGUCUCAAUCAGAAAUCUAGACUCUCUCACAAUCUCACGGCUAGUCCGUGUCCCCGGUAUUGUCAUCGGCGCCUCCGUCAUGUCGUCCAAGGCUACGGCUCUCCAUAUCCAAUGCAGAAACUGUGCACAUUCCCGAGACAUAUUCGUCACUGGCGGCUUUACAAGCGUCCAACUCCCCAGACAGUGUGGAAGAGAACGGCAACGUAACGACCCGACGCCAGCCUGCCCACUGGACCCCUACUUCGUCAUACACGAGAAGUCUCAGUUUGUGGACCAACAGGUGAUCAAGCUGCAAGAGGCGCCGGAUCAGGUACCAGUCGGAGAGUUGCCGCGACACGUCCUCAUUUCUGCAGAUAGAUAUCUGACGAACCGCGUUGUUCCUGGAUCGCGAUGCACAGUCAUGGGUAUCUUCUCGAUCUACCAGAAUAAGGGAUCCAAGAACUCGUCGACAGGUGGUGCGGUAGCGAUCAGGACGCCAUAUCUACGAGCGGUUGGUAUUCAGACUGACAUUGACUCAACGGCCAAAGGCCACGCCAUCUUCUCGGAGGAGGAGGAACAAGAGUUCCUCGAGCUCAGCAGGAGACCAGACCUAUAUCAGAUAAUGACGGACUGCAUCGCCCCUUCGAUUUACGGCAACAGAGAUAUCAAGAAGGCAAUUCUCUGCCUGCUGCUUGGUGGCUCAAAGAAGAUCCUCCCAGAUGGUAUGAAGCUCAGAGGAGAUAUCAACGUCCUGUUACUUGGUGAUCCGGGUACCGCCAAGUCACAGCUCCUGAAAUUUGUUGAGAAAGUCGCGCCUAUUGCCAUUUACACUUCAGGAAAGGGGUCGUCUGCUGCUGGUUUGACGGCGUCUGUUCAGAGAGAUCAGUCAACACGCGAAUUCUACCUGGAAGGUGGAGCGAUGGUGUUGGCUGAUGGCGGUGUUGUGUGCAUCGAUGAGUUCGACAAGAUGCGUGACGAGGACAGAGUGGCCAUCCACGAAGCUAUGGAGCAGCAGACUAUUUCCAUUGCUAAGGCAGGUAUCACUACCAUCCUGAACGCGCGAACGUCUGUGCUUGCUGCUGCCAAUCCCAUCUUUGGCCGCUACGACGACAUGAAGACACCCGGGGAGAACAUCGAUUUCCAGACCACAAUCUUGUCUCGUUUCGACAUGAUCUUCAUUGUCAAGGACGAGCAUGAGCGUGGCCGAGAUGAGCGUAUUGCCAAGCACGUCAUGGGCAUCCACAUGGGUGGCCGAGGUGUGGAGGAACAAAUCGAGUCUGAGGUUCCUGUCGAGAAGAUGAAGCGAUAUUUCAGUUAUUGCAAAUCACGAUGUGCGCCUCGUCUCAGCCCUGAGGCUGCAGAGAAGCUGUCCUCGCAUUUCGUAUCCAUCCGAAAGCAAGUGCACGCAUCCGAGAUAGAGGCAAAUGCUCGGUCAUCUAUUCCCAUUACUGUCCGUCAGCUAGAGGCUAUCGUACGUAUCACAGAGUCGCUAGCCAAGCUGACGCUGUCUCCGAUUGCGACGGAGCAGCACGUUGACGAGGCCAUUCGCCUGUUCCUGUGCUCGACCAUGGAUGCCGUCAACCAGGGCAGCAACCAGGGCAGCAGGGAGCUCAACGAGGAAGUCAACAGAAUCGAGGCAGACCUGAAGCGACGACUACCCAUUGGCUGGAGUACCAGCCUGGCCACCCUACGCAGGGAGAUGGUCGAGGGCAAGGGCUUCAGCGAACAGGCCCUCAACAGAGCACUGAUGAUCUUGCAGAGGAGAGACACAAUUAUGUUCAGGAACCAGGGUGCCCAGGUAUACAGGAACGGGGCUUAA